AUGGAGGUGUGCUUGGCCCUGGGUGACUACCUCAACGUUCAGGUCCACUGCUGCAUCGGUGGCAAGCGAGUCUCGGACGACAUCCACACUUUUGAGGCGGGCGUGCACAUCGUCUCGGGGACGCCGGGGCGCGUCUUCCAUAUGAUCCAGCAGAGGCAUUUCAGCACGCGCAAGAUAAAGAUGUUGGUCUUGGACGAGGCAGACGAGAUGUUGAACAGGGGGUUCAAGGAACAGGUGUACGACAUCUACCGGUACCUGCCGCCCUCCACGCAGGUCGUUCUCGUCUCCGCGACCAUGCCCCACGAGGUCCUCGAAAUGACCCACAAGUUUAUGAACAACCCGUUCCGCGUGCUCGUGAAGCGCGACGAGCUCACCCUCGACGGCAUCAAGCAGUUCUUCGUGGCGAUCGAGCGGGAGCAGUGGAAGUUCGACACCCUGUGCGAUCUGUACGAUACCCUGACCAUCACCCAGGCGGUCAUCUUUUGCAACACGAAGCAGAAGGUCGACUGGCUUACGCAGAAGAUGCGAGACGCAAAUUUCACUGUGGCCGCCAUCCACGGCGACAUGCCUCAGAAGGAGCGCGAUGCGAUCAUGCAGCAGUUCCGCUCCGGCUCCAGCCGCGUCCUCAUCUCCACAGACCUCUGGGGCCGCGGCCUGGACGUCCAGCAGGUGUCGUUCGGCGGGCGCUUCUCUGCCCCCUAUCCACUUACUGCCGCAAGGAUGCUGCUCCCGAUGCCCGCGAUGCCGAUGCAGACAGGUCCAGCUUCGCCACAGCUCAGGUCGAUGAGUCCCUGGAUGCUGGCGCUGCUCGUCGUGCAAACCAUCUUGUGUGCGAUUCGUAUGUUCGUGUUUCUCGACAUUAUGGGCGGCUUCAUUUCGGCAAUCGGGAUCGGCCUUGGCUGGUACGCGUGGAAAGAGGACAUGAACAUCACCUUCAUCUGCUACUGGGGGAUGAUGUGCCUCAUCAACGGCGCGCUCGACUUCGUCAAGUGGCUCGAUAUGGCGGUCAAGUCUCCGUUCCCCGUGUUCUCUGCGUCCGCCAGCGCGACCUACAACGCCUACUCCGCCGUCAACCUGCUCAUCCCGCUGUCGGCGAAGGGCCACCUGAUGCAGCGGCCAGUUGCCAAGACUAUAGUGAGCUGCGGCACCAAGAAGGGCGUGAAGUACGAGUACUUCUCCGUUGUCCUGCUGCACGGCGUGCACGUCACGCUUUACAAGAUCCACAAGGAGGGCGACGUUCUCCCCUCCACCGGGGCAGGGGCCCAGGGGCACAUCUUGAGCGGAGUUCGGCCGGCCGGCGGCGGCAACGGCGGCGACGAGCGCGAGGGCGGGGGCGACGGCGACGACGUUUGCGAGAACGGCGACGACGACUACGACGGCGAAGGCGACGAGGAGGACUGA